GCAAAGAACUCAUCUUCGUUUUGUUUUGCUUCUGGGGGAGCGGUCCCGCAUGUGAAAGCAGCAAAAAGAAACUGUAUGGCAAGUUGUGUCGCAGCCGAACGCGACCGUCAAGUCGUUGUUCGGGCCAGUGUGCGACGGAUCUGUAACAACUUCGCCUGUGAUCGCUACUUGCACCACUUCCAACGUCCCUGUUCGUUUCGGACAUGGCACAGGCAGCAGCCGCGAUUGGAUUGCAGCUAUCGGGCGCCGAUUUAAAGCGCAUUGGUGCGAGUAGCCUGGCAAAGUUCGAGCUCCUCGACGAAAUAGGCACGGGCAGCUUCAGUGUGGUGCACAAGGCUCGAACUACCGCAGACGGCAGACUUGUGGCCGUCAAGAAAGUGAAGGUGAAAGAAAUGAUUGACGAAAAGGCCAAGCGUGACUGCGAGCACGAAAUAGCCCUUCUUCAGAGGCUCGACCAUCCGCACAUCAUAAAAUAUUUCACCUCAUUCUUUGAAAAUGGUGAACUCUUCAUCGUUCUUGAGCUGGCGGAUGGUGGUGAUUUGGCACAAUUUAUAAAGUGUUUCAGGCAUCACGGUAAGCUGAUUCCUGAGCCUACCAUCUGGAAGUACUUCUCACAGGUGUGUGCUGCCCUCAAGCACAUGCACUUGAAGAGGAUAAUGCACAGAGAUGUGAAACCAGCCAAUGUGUUCAUCACCAGUGACGGGAGGGUCAAGCUGGGAGACCUGGGCUUGGGACGCUUCUUCAGUCCCAACAGUGUUGCAGCCAACUCUCUUGUUGGGACGCCGUAUUACAUGUCGCCUGAGCGGGUCCAAGAGCACGAGUACGACUUUAGUUCAGAUGUAUGGUCGGCUGGUUGUCUUCUUUAUGAGAUGGCAGCUCUGCAGUCCCCAUUCAUGAAUGAGACCAAGAAUCUUUACUCACUUGUUAAGAAGAUUGUGGCAAGUGAAUACCCGCCUAUUCCAAGCAACCUCUACUCAGACGAGCUGCGUGCCCUGGUUGCUGUCUGCAUGGAUCCAAACCCCAUGAAGCGGCGGGAUACAAGCUAUGCUUGCACCGUGGCCACGCAAAUGUAUGAGCGUUUUGUGCGGUCAUCUGCGUGCAAGGCGAACACACUGGCCUCUACGUGAUAUGAUGAUCUCAAUGACUGGCAGCAGCACAGGUCUUUUGUACUGUACACAAAUGGUUUCAUGUUUCUGUGUGUGCACACUAGGCUUCUGAAUGGAAUUCGCUCUAUUAACUGGUAUCAUAAAGGGCACAGUGAAAUGGAGAUAAUGUGCUAGGGAGUGUUUCAGUGAUGUCCUUUUGAUGAAAUGUAUUAUGACUAGAGGGUGGAUAUUUAGCUGCUGACGAGCAGCUGAGUAGCAAUACACCACUUUUCAGAAGUUAAAUUAAGGUGUGAUGCAGGAUAUGUUUCCUGGUGUGACAUAUUUUUAUAGAAAGUAGAGCUAUCUCAUUACAGUGUACAGGUCCUCUCUUGUCCAGCAUCCAGGAAUGUUGCAUUUUAGUGAAGACAACCUUCACUUGGUCAGCCAGCUAAAUAUCCAGCAUGCUAGUAUCCCUUAAGUAAACAGAAGCACUGCAUGUGAAAUUUUGAUUUAACCACACAAAAAUGUUUGAGGGGUGGAAGGCGUGAAAAAUGAGCGUUUCCUUGCUACCAAGCCACUUGCCCCUGACAUGGCAAGCAUUUGUAAUUCCAGCCGCAAAAAAUUUUUGUUUUUGCAGCCUUAUCUAUUGAAAGAAAUGGUCCCGCACUUUUUUGUUUGUGUGGUUAAAUCUAAGAUACUAAAUUUUUUUCAUGCUUGCUGUUGGGUUCAUUGCUUGCUAUUGCUCUAUCAGUUGUAAUGCCUUGUGCCAUACAAUCUCACUUCCUUGAGUAUAGAAAUAUGCACUCUAUUCGUGUCUAAAAUUGCACCGUGGCAUCUUGAAGCUUGUGAUAAAACACCUGUUCAAGUGCUGCCUUACACAAAUGUUGCAGACACCAAUGAAAGUGUGUCCAGUGCUGUUUUUAAAAGCAAACUAUGCAGCACUGAGUAGUUGCCAGCUGCUAAGACAUGUAACUACUAGCACCUUGACUUUACCACUUAUUACAACAGAAAUACUUUUGGUUUAGCAUCGCUAGCACAUUUUCAGGUGUUUUUCAUUUGUGUGAGCAGUGCAUCUCAUUCACUGUGCCCUAGCUCUUUUUGGUGCUACCACUCCUAGUCACUCUAAUAGGGAAUGGCUGCUACAUAGUCCGACUCCCAGAGCGCAUUUAGUUAAAUCAGGGGGUGUUGCACAAUGUACUAAAACAGUCAUUACAUAUUUAUUGAAACAGCAUAUAUAUAUAUA